CAUGGUUGCCAGGCACCGGAAGUAGCCGGUUAUUUUCCUGGAUUCCGUUCUUCCGCGGGGCGGAAAAGGCAUGUCGGCUUGUGUCCCGACCGUCUCCAGUCCUCUUCCUUUGCAGGACCCCAUGAGCAAGCUGUGGCGGCGCGGGAGCACCUCUGGGGCUAUGGAAGCCCCCGAGCCAGGCUCUCCUUCUUCAGGGGAAGCGCUGGAGUUGAGCCUGACAGGUGCUCACAGCCACGGAGUUCACAAGAAAAAACACAAGAAGCACAAAAAGAAACACAAGAAGAAGCAUCAUCAGGAAGAGGAGGCCGGACAGACACAGGCUCCUGCCAAGCCCCAGCUUAAACUGAAAAUCAAGCUGGGUGGACAGGUCCUGGGCACCAAGAGUGUUCCUACCUUCACUGUGAUCCCUGAGGGGCCGAGAUCACCUUCUCCCCUGAUGGUUGUGGACAAUGAAGAGGAACCUAUGGAAGGGGUGCCUCUGGAGCAGUACCGAGCCUGGCUGGAUGAAGACAGUAAUCUGUCUCCCUCCCCACUUCGGGACCUGCCAGGGGAUCUGGAGGGCCAGGAGGAAGAGGAGGAACAGAGGUGGCUAGAUGCCCUGGAGAAGGGAGAGCUGGAUGACAAUGGAGAUCUCAAGAAGGAGAUCGAUGAGCGGCUGCUUACUGCGAGACAGCGAGCCCUGCUCCAGAAGGCGCGGAGUCAGCCGUCCCCCAUCCUGCCUCUGCCAGUGGCUGGCGGCUGCCCGGCCCCUGCCCUCACGGAAGAGAUGCUGCUGAAACGCGAGGAACGGGCGCGGAAGAGGCGGCUGCAGGCGGCAAGGCGGGCCGAGGAGCACAAGAACCAGACAAUUGAGGCCGCGCUGCUCUGUCCCCGGCUGCCCCCACCCACGUCGUUACGCCUGUUCCCGCACCGGCCAGGCUCUCUGUAGCCUGCAGUGCUACCGCAUCAACCUGCAGCUGUGGCUGGGUGGACCUGAGGGCCCAGGGUCCCCCCUUCUGGCCACUUAGGGCCUCGCCCACGCCACCUUCCUUCUGUCUCCCUCACCCUAUUAAAUUUCGUGUGGUGUCUCGGCUUGUACGGAAUUGCUCGAGUGGGAAGUCGACCGACUGAGAACCCCGCCUGUUUCACCCAGCCAAUCGGCGGUAGUUUUGUGACCCUGGACGGCCGUUCAUUGGCCGACAAGUCAAAGCUUGCUCUGUUGUCCGUAC